AUGGCGUUACGCUACCUUCUCCUCGCUUUAUGCACUCUCCUAACCAUCGGUAUCUGUGAUCCCUGCGACUGGAACGGUGCAACCCCCUCCGCUUACGUCGAGUACACAAACGAAUGUUCCCCUCACCGUUCAAUUGGACCUGAGGGCUACUGCGACUAUACCAACAGCCUGCGCAAAAGUGAGCUAGGUACCAAGCACCCUUGCAAGAGCUUUUGCCAGAUUCGUACCACCUUCGUCUACGAUAACGAAUAUCCUCUGGGUGGAACAUAUGCGAAGGGUUGGGGUUGGUUUGGCUCCUCUGAAUGGAUGCGAUUCGGCAUGCACUGGCGUGAACCCAUCGAUCUCCCUGAUGCACCUUUCGAUGUCCUCGAAGAAGGUAUCAGCGGUGGCCUGUCUCAUGCUAGUCGUGGUCUCGCUGAGGUCGGCCAUAUCGACAUCGAGCUGGACAACGACCAAUGUGGAUACUUCACUUUCCUGCCCAUGAACAAGAUUGUCUGUGGUACAUACUCCCACGCCAAGCCCUGGCCAAAGUGCGACAAGGACCGCAUGUCCAAAGGCAACAUGUGUGUCGAGGAGCGCUCCAACUAUGCUACAACCUCCGGUUUCUAUGGUUGGACUGGUCAGGUUGGAGAACCUACUGUUCGCGGCCAUACUGUUUUCGUUCGAACUCGAUGCGACAACGGAAUGCGUCUGUCCGCCUCGGAGCAAGAUCAGAAGUACGCCCUCGCCAUGACCAAGGGAGGCGCCCUUCCGGAUGAGGAGUACGAGGGCUGGCGCGCGGUUUGGAACAACGAUUUGCUUUACAACCGUUUUCUAGGCGGCCACUACGGUUUGGACGACAAAGCCCUGGUCUGUCUUGCAACCCUUUCCGAGUCUGAGGCCAAGCUUCUAGAUGCCGAUGUGGCGCACUGCUGGUAUCGCAUUGGUGAGCUCAUGGAGGAGCCACACAAGACUGUCCCAAUUGGCCGUAAUGGCGAGCAGUGGGGUGACCACACCUUCUUUGGCGGCUGCUCUGUGUACGUCAAGAGACGCUCUGACUGGAGUAAAGAAUGCAAAGUCACUUACGCCGAAGUUGCGACCGCUGCCACCAUGAUCACCUUCAACUGUUUGAAGGAGCAGUUCAAGAAAGGCCGUAAUCACUGGGGCGUCAAGGGCACUCACGACAUCCGGCUUGAAGGAGACUGCGCUGCUCAAGUCGUUGUCUGGGGCGGUAAUGGACACGGCAUCAACAUUGGUGGAGACACCGAGGUGGAUUACUCGCACCUUGACCCCCUGGUUAGAAGUGUCUUGGUCACUUUGCCGCAAGGCGUCGUUCCAGAUGUUGCUUUCGGUGAUCCUCUGGAUCCAACUCAGCCUUUCGGCCCUCUAGGCGUCAACGGCACUGGCCUCCAGGAGUGGAUUUGA